CUUUGUGAGCGCAGCGUCGACAACAUGGCUGACGUGACAGCGUUGGACGGAGAGAAACUCAGCAAAAAGUCUGUCCGCUGACUGUGGUAGCUCAGCAUGCUGUGUCUGCUCAGGGCGGCCAGGCAGCAGCUGUGCCAAGCCUUGGGGGUCAGGGGACAGUGGUUAAAAUAUGCACAGCCAUGUACAGCUGCAGUCUCAGCUCAAAUGUACGGGAUCCGUUGGAGAGGUGACAAAAGUGAGCUGAAGAGACGAAUGAAAGCUGAUAAGAAGGUGGCAGAGAAAGAAGCAAAGGUCAAAGAGCAGUUGGACCAAAAGAAAGAAUCCAAUGACCAAGGAGCGGAAAAUGCCUGUGGGCAGGAUGAGGAGACGCUUGACCCAAAUCAAUACUUCAAGAUCCGCACCCAGGCAAUCCAGGAACUGAAGGGCACAGCAGAGGACCCGUACCCUCACAAGUAUCAUGUGGACCUGUCACUCACAGAGUUCAUCAAGAAAUACAGCGAUCUUCAGCCUGGAGAUCAGCUGACUGAUGUUGUUUUCAGUGUUUCAGGCCGUGUCCACGCCAAGAGGGCCUCUGGUGCUAAGCUGAUUUUCUACGACCUGCGAGGUGAAGGCGUCAAGUUGCAAGUCAUGGCGAACUCAAGGACCUACAAGUCUGAGGAGGCCUUUGUGGCUAUCAACAACAAACUGCGCCGCGGAGAUAUCAUCGGCGUCCGUGGUAACCCAGGAAAGACAAAAAAGGGGGAGUUGAGCAUCAUUCCCAUCGAGAUGACUCUACUGUCGCCAUGUUUGCACAUGUUGCCCCACCUCCACUUUGGCCUCAAAGACAAGGAAACGCGAUUCCGCCAGCGCUACUUGGAUCUGAUUCUCAACGACUACGUGAGGCAAAAGUUCAUAACUCGCUCCAAAAUCAUCACAUACCUGCGCAGUUUCCUGGACCAACUGGGCUUUUUGGAGAUUGAGACACCGAUGAUGAACGUCAUUCCUGGUGGAGCAGUGGCCCGUCCAUUUGUUACUUACCACAAUGAACUGGACAUGAACCUGUACAUGAGGAUCGCACCUGAGCUCUACCACAAGAUGCUUGUGGUUGGAGGAAUGGACAGAGUGUAUGAGAUCGGCCGUCAGUUCAGGAAUGAAGGCAUCGAUCUUACUCACAAUCCAGAGUUCACCACCUGUGAAUUCUACAUGGCAUAUGCCGAUUACUAUGACUUGAUGGAAAUCACUGAGAAACUUCUCUCAGGGAUGGUGAAACACAUCACUGGAGGAUACAAGGUGACUUAUCACCCUGAAGGCCCGGAGGGACCGGCCCAUGAGAUUGACUUCACUCCGCCUUUCAGAAGAGUGAGCAUGACACACGACCUGGAGAAGAUUAUGGGAGUGAAGUUCCCGCCUACUGACAGCUACGACAGUGAUGAGACGCGUAAAUUCUUUGACGACCUGUGUGCACAGAAAGGAGUUGAAUGUCCUCCACCCAGAACCACUGCCCGCCUCCUUGACAAGUUGGUUGGAGAUUUCCUUGAGGUCACCUGUAUUAACCCCACAUUCAUCUGUGAACAUCCCCAAAUCAUGAGUCCCUUAGCAAAAUGGCACAGAACACAGAAAGGCCUAACGGAGCGUUUUGAGCUCUUUGUGAUGAAGAAGGAAAUCUGCAAUGCUUACACUGAGUUGAAUGAUCCGAUUAGACAGAGGGAGCUUUUCGAGCAGCAAGCCAUGGCCAAAGCAGAGGGCGAUGAUGAAGCCAUGGGCGUUGAUGAGACCUUCUGCACAGCUCUGGAAUAUGGACUGCCACCAACUGCCGGCUGGGGAAUGGGCAUCGAUCGUCUCACAAUGUUCCUCACUGACUCCAACAACAUCAAGGAGGUGCUACUCUUCCCAGCUAUGAAGCCUGACGACAACAAGACAUCAGCGCCCACAGCGCCCAUAGAGGGCACCUCCGUCUAAUGACAUGACCGCUACUGCUAUCAGAGCCGUGCAGGAGUCCGCAUGGAGUAAGAGCCUUUACCUCACUGUGGUCAUCAGUGGAGCCUGCAGGUUUUUUUUGUUUUAUCAAUGUUAGUCAGUCAAAGGUUUGAUUGUUGCAAAGGGAAAUCAUCUUCGUCUCGAUAAAUUGUAUUUCUUACACUUCUGCGAUCAUAUUUGCUGUUUUCUCCUUGAGUGAUUGUAAGGAGACAUUUUAAUCCUCAUUGUCAUCCAGACGGUAAAUGGAUGGCCUGUGAUCAGGAAGUCGUGUGUGGUCUGCUGUUGUAUGCAAAUUUGGAUGAAAUAUUUUUGAAUAUACUUUGAGAUAUUCCACGGGGUGCUUGAUUCUUGCUACCAAAUACAGAGUAGAUACACCACAUAAUAAAACUCAAGCACCUGUGUUCUCAGUAUAUUCAUCUGUUUUACCAGGUCUGCUUGUAUUCCAUGUCUUGAUACUUUUUAAGCUUGACCUCUGCCAAGAAGUUUAAACAUGGCAACAAUAAAGUGAAUAUGAAUCAA